AUGAAUUUACUAGCUAUUAUUUUAACAAGACAUGUAGAUGAUGUUAUUUUCCUGUGCACCGCGACUGAUUUAAACGCUUAUUCAUUUAUUAAAAAAAAAGCAUUUAAAGAGGCCGCCUUUUUUGUAGCCAGAACAGUUCCUUCAAGGAUAGAGUAUAAUACAAAAGAAAUUAUAACGCACGAGAACAACACCGUUUUUGCAUUCAAGUACACUGAUAAUAUAUGCCCUAUAGUAAUAGCAACCGAUGAUUAUCCUGAGAGAGUAGCCUUUUACAUGAUUAACGAAAUUUACAUGAAUUUUACUCAAACCAUACCUAAAGAAGAAUGGUCACAAGUAAAGCAAGACAACAAAAUAUCUUUUAACUUGAAUUCUUAUUUUGCUAAAUAUAAGGACCCCUUAACUUGUGAUGCUAUAGCUCAGACAAAUAUAAAAAUUAACGAAAAUAUUGAAAAAGUGAGAGUAACCAUGGAUGCGCUUAUCAGGAAUAGGGAGAACUUGGACGUUCUUGUUGAUAAGAGCAAAGACCUUUCGACCACGACAAAACAGUUAUUUAAGCAAAGCAAAAAGCUUAAAAGAAGACAGUGUUGCAAUAUUAUGUAA